AUGGACGCCAAAGAGAUUAAGUCCGCUGUCUCUAGUUUAGAUAAAUCUACAGAUGAUGCCACCAUUUUGAAGCUUUUAAAUAUCUUAAACGAUGGAGUAGAGCCUACGGAAAAGUUAUUGAGAGAGACUAAGGUUGGGGUUGCCGUGAACAAAUUUAGAGGAAACAGCAACCCAGAAGUUAGCUCAUUGGUUAAAAAGAUGAUUAGAAAUUGGAGGGAAGUUGUUCAGAAUGAAAAAACCAAGAAGAAGACUGGUUCUGCUACGCCUGAUAAAGAUUCCAAACCAGUGAAUAACAAUACAAAGCAGAGCUCUACCGAAAGUAAAUUUCACAGUGGGCCAAGAAAUCCAAAGACUGACGGAAUUAAUACUACUCUUUAUGAUAAUACAACGAGAAAUGCCUCUGUAAGUGCAUUGUAUACUGCAUUGGCUAUUGAACGUAAUGACUCGGGUGAACAUAUAUUAGCAGUUAGCCGUGAUAUUGAAAAUGAAGUUUUCAAGGCGGAAUACCUGUCUGUGAAUGAUAAUUAUAGAAAUAAAUUAAGGACAUUUACAAUGAAUCUUAGAAAUAAGAAAAACCCUGAUUUAAGAGACCGUUUAUUAACUAACAAAAUUAAACCAUCAAAUUUUAUUAAAAUGACACCAAACGAAAUGGCACCGGAAUCAUUGAAGAAAGAAAUUGAAAAGUUACAUAAACAAAAUCUUUUCGAUGCUCAAGGUGCUACUGAAAAGAGGGCUGUUACGGAUAGAUUUACCUGUGGUAAGUGUAAACAUAAAAAGGUAAGUUAUUAUCAAAUGCAAACUAGAUCUGCGGAUGAACCGUUAACUACCUUUUGUACUUGUGAAAAUUGUGGUAACAGAUGGAAGUUUUCGUGA